AUUGUGUUCCACCGCGUAGGAGAGGCUGUUUUGCUGUGGUCUUUGUUGGCUACUGUUGCUACUUCUACCAUCGCAGGGAUGGCCAUAGGAAACGGCGGCACCGGCAGCGGGCUCGUGGUGAGCUUCGGCGAGAUGCUCAUUGACUUCGUGCCGUCGGAGGCAGGGGUAUCGCUGGCGGAGGCGAGCUCGUUCCUGAAGGCUCCCGGAGGCGCGCCGGCCAACGUGGCCAUCGCCGUGGCGCGGCUCGGGGGGCGGGCCGCCUUCGUCAGCAAGCUCGGGGACGACGAGUUCGGGCACAUGCUGGCAGCCAUCCUCCGAGAGAAGGGCGUCUCCGACGCGGGCGUCGUCUUCGACGCCGGCGCCCGCACCGCCCUGGCCUUCGUCACGCUGCGGGCCGACGGCGAGCGAGAGUUUAUGUUCUACCGCAACCCCAGCGCCGACAUGCUGCUCACCGCCGCCGAGCUCAACGUCGAUCUCAUCAGAAACGGCGCAAUCUUUCACUACGGCUCGAUAAGCUUGAUCGCGGAACCGUGCAGAUCGGCGCAUCUGAAGGCCAUGGAGUUGGCCAAAGAGUCCGGGGCGCUGCUGUCGUACGACCCCAAUCUCCGGCUGCCGCUAUGGCCGUCGCCCGAAGAGGCCCGCAAGCAGAUCCUCAGCAUCUGGGACAAGGCCGACAUCGUCAAGGUCAGCGGCGCCGAGCUCGAGUUCUUGACCGGCCAUGACUCGGUGGAAGACGAAGUGGCCUUGCGGCUCUGGCGCCCAAGCCUCAAGCUCCUGCUUGUGACACUUGGCGACAAGGGAUGCAAGUACUUCACCAAGGAUUUCCGGGGGAUCGUCGGGUCCUUCACCGUCAAGCAGGUGGAUACGACAGGGGCAGGGGAUGCAUUCGUGGGCGCAUUGCUGCAAGGAAUCAUCGAAGACCAGUCGGCCCUGCAGGAUGAGAAGAAACUGAGGCAGGUUCUGCGGUUUGCUAACGCAUGCGGUGCGAUCACAGCCACCAAGAAAGGGGCAAUCCCUUCGUUGCCGAGUGCAUCAGAAGUCAUGGAGUUCUUGGAGAAGGCAUAGUAUAUGUUCUUAGAUUUCUGUCAUUUCCUCUGUUUUACAAACUUGCUGCAACUUUUUGUUUCAAGUCGACGAGGCUGUUUAGGAGAGUAAUUCCUGUUGCACUCUGGAUCAUCUUUUUAUGAUUCCAAUCUAGUUCUUCUCUCUAUGAAGGUCUGAUCUUGUAGUUGCCAACUCCAACAGUAGUUUAUGUUCUCUACACUGAAAGACAUCUUGUUUGAUGCUUUGUGAGAAAGGCUUUGUGCUUUUAUGCUACUGAACCAAUGAUUUCUUAUAGAUUUUGACCUCAA